AUGGCGACAACGCGGUACCAGAACAGCGACGUCCGUCGUCAGGUCGGUUCUCCAAGGCCUAAGGGGCGAGCAGCUGCGCAGACAGACUCAUCCGAUGCAUCAGUGCCGUCGUUCAACCCUGCAGCCAUCCGCGAGUUUACCCCAAGCUUCGACGUGGCCAGCACCGCGACCCCCUCGAACGGCACGACGGCGCAUGAAGCAGCCGUGGCCUACGAUCCUUUCAGCAUGCAGACUGUCGGACAGAGCCUGCCUACGACGCCCUUUAACCCCUACGCAGAUGACCAGGCCGCCCUCGGGGCCGGCGCUGGCUUCUUUCCGAGCCAGAACGCUUAUCAGACCCCGCUGCAGCCACUGCAGCACCACCUAUACUCGACCUGGGGGCCCAAGCCCACGAACCUGAAGCCCUACGAACGAACAACCUCGGAUUUCUUCAUACCCGAGGACGUGCGGAUCGACUUGACCAAAAAGAAUGAGGCCGCGAACCAGGUCAUGCCCAACUCACAGCUGCCACAGCUGGACAAUUACCAUUCGCUCGUUCCCCUUGACACAACCCACAGGAAAAACGCAAGUAUCUUUGGAUACAACAGCUGGGUCUACAAGGCUAAGGCGACACGGACCGGAACCGUCGUCUGCCUGAGGCGCUUGCAGGACUUCAGACUGAGCAACGAGCACGCUAUUCGGUCUGUCAAGGAGUGGAGGCGCAUCGUCAGCGCCAACGUGGUCCAAACCCACGAUGCCUUUACGACCCGGAUGUUUGGAGACAGUUCUUUGGUCUUCGUGCAGGACUUCCACCCGCUCUCGCAGACAUUGGCCGAGGCACACCUGGCAACCUCCUCCCACGGAGGGCGCUUUGCGCAGAAGAAUCCUAUCCAAGAGUCCGUGCUGUGGUCCUAUAUCACGCAGAUUGCGGCGGCAUUGAAAGUCAUUCACGGAAAGGAUCUGGCCGCGCGCUGCAUUGAUGUGACCAAGAUCAUCUUGACAGAUGCACGAGCCAAUCGCAUACGCCUCGGGGCAUGCUCUAUCCUGGACGUCGUACAUUAUGAGGCCCGACGUCCCGUAGCAGAGCUCCAGCAAGAGGACUUUAUUAAUUUUGGUCGGGUCAUCCUGUCACUGGCGACCAACACGCAUCCGUCCAACCUGAACAAUAUCAAUGGAUCGAUUGAGCAGCUGAGCAGGGUGUACUCGGUGGAGCUCAGGGACACUGUGCUCUGGCUCUUGUCGCCGCAGCAGCCACCGGCGCAAAAGGGGAUCGAGGAGUUUAUGCGUGGCAUCGCACUGCAUGCCUUCGCGCAGCUCGACGUGGAGGAACAGAGUAGAGACGCAGACAAGUCUCAUCUGAGCACGGCGCUAGAGAACGGCAGGCAGUUCCGGCUGAUGCUCAAGCUCGCUGCCAUCAACGAGCGGCAUGAGCUGAGUGGGGAUCCGAAUUGGUCCGAGAACGGUGAGCGCUACUUGCUCAAGCUCUUCCGCGACUACUGCUUCCACCAGGUAGACGCGGAUGGGAAUCCGGUGCUUGAUGUGUACCACAUGAUCACCUGUCUUGGCAAGCUCGAAGCCGGCUCGGAAGAGAAAGUUUGUUUGACCAGCCGCGACGAGCAGACGAGUUUUGUGGUCAGCUACAAAGAAUUGAAGAAACAACUAGGCUCGGCAUUCGGAGACCUCCAGAAAGCUAGCAAACAGGCUAAGGGCCUGUAG